AUUGUUGUUCAUUUCCUCAUCUCACUGAAUACCUGAAGCUCACCGGGAGCAGCUGUUGCUCUGCAGCUGUUGCUCUGUUGCUCUUCAGCUGUUGCUCUGCAGCUGUUGCUCUGUUGCUCUGCGGCUGUUGCUCUGUUGCUCUGAGGCUGUUGCUCUGCGGCUGUUGCUCUGCGGCUGUUGCUCUGCAGCUGUUGCUCUGCGGCUGUUGCUCUGCAGCUGUUGCUCUGCGGCUGUGGAGCCUCUCGUAGGCCCUGCUCUCUGUGGUUCACACUCCUGAUUUAAAGGCUGUUAGCCAUCAAUGAGUCUAUGAGCCCUGUGAUGUCAUCGUUAAUGGUAAUAAAUAGGAUUAAAUCAAGAGACUCAUUUUAGAAGUUACCUGUUUUCUUUACUGUUAGUUAUUCAUUUAUUAUUAACUAUUAUUUCCUCACGAUUUAAUUGUAAUCAUCUUCUGAUUAACAACAUCUAACUCUUAGAAAGUGUGAUUUCUGUUUAUUAAAGGCUCCGCCCUCUUUCCUCACACCAUAAGUCAACAUCACAGCUGAUGCGUUGGCCUUAAAUCCACCUCGAGCCCUGAAGUCGACCUCCAUGUUUAAUACAGCGUCCAUCAGCUGGAGCUGAAAUGUCUUCAGAUAAAGAUUCAUGCAAACAACAUAUUCACUGACAUGAUGAAGGGCUCCAAACUACAAGAAGGGACUCCUUUCAGUUCAUAGUGUACUACACAUUAUUAUUAUUAUUACACAAUUAGUCAAACUACCUCAAAGAUGUCACCAUGUAACUGGAGGCGAUGAGCCCUUCUGGGGCCCCAUGGGGCAUUAGAACAAUAUAACAUUCUAACAAUAUAACAUUAAAACAAUAUAACAUUAUAACAAUUGAAUAUUAGAACAAUAAAACAGUAUAACAAUAGAACAUUAUGACAAUAUAACAGAACAAUAUAACAUUCUAACAAUAACACAUUAAAAACAAUAACACAUUAGAACAAUAUAACAUUAUAACAAUAGAAAACGCGCCCUACAACCUGUUGCUGGUAUCAUGUAAUGGCUUCAUUCAUGACUUUUCAUAAUCUGGUAACCCAAGUUGUUCUUAUUAAUAGAUAAUAAUAGAAAAGCAUUAGUAAAUUAUUCAUAAACCUAUUAAUGAAGCCAUUAUACAUCUUUUGAAUCCAGUUAGAAAGUGGAAGCCCUGUGGCUCUGUUUAUAAUUGUUAUUAUUGUUAUUAUUAUUGUUAUUAUUGUGAUGUCUCUUUUUAGUGUGACUAAAGGAUGACUCCGGCCUGAUGUCACGCAGUGACUCGUUUGAAGAGGCGGAACCAGAGGAGCUCUGAGUUAUGAGGUCAUGGACCUCUGAGACGUGGUGAGUCCACAGCAGCCCGGAGACUCGGUCCGUAACAGAGUCCAGAGUUCAGGUCCAGAGUUCAGGUCCGGGUCUAGGAUCCAGACUGCAGGGACCCAGCAGAGCCCGGAGAGGAGCUUGGAGGCGGGGCGCCGCCGAGUCACCGUUGGGCCCUCCGCGUCCUCCGCAUGCCUGGAGCGUGACGGGGAACUGGUUCAGCUGGUGGCGCGCGGAGCGCGGUGCGCGGGACCGACAUCAAACGGAAGAGUGUCGCCACCGGGACGAGGAGCAGCUCGCGGCGGGGAGGAAAACAUGGCGCAGCGGAGCCGACCGGCAGCUGCGCGUUAACCACCGGGAGCUGGACGAGGAACACGGACCACUGAGAUUGCAGAAUGGCACAUCGCUCCCAGUGCUCCUCUGGGGGGGAUAACCCCCUGGACCCCAACUACCUGCCCCCCCACUACCGGGAGGAGUACCGCCUGAGUAUUGACGCUCUGAUUGAGGAGGACUUGGAUGGAUACUACCAGUUCCUCCAGAAAGCAGACGUGGUGGACUUCCUGUCUUUGCCUGAAAUCCAGUACAUCCAGAACUCGGUGCAGGUCCCUCAGCAGAGCUACAGCCAUGAGCAGCAGUACCUGGAGCCCGGAGGAGACGGCUCCUCGGACACCUACUGGCCCCUGCACUCGGACCUGGACGCCCCGGGCUUGGACCUGGGCUGGCCUCAGCUGCACUCCUUCAUCGGGCCCACGGAGGUCACCACGCUGGUCAACCCCCCCGAGCCCGAGAUGCCGAGCAUCAAGGAGCAGGCCCGGAGACUCAUCAAGAACGCCCAGCAGGUGAUCGGGGUAGUGAUGGACAUGUUCACGGACGUCGACAUGUUCGCGGACAUCCUGGACGCGGCCACGAGGAACGUGGCCGUCUACGUGAUCCUGGACAAGGAGAACGCUCAUCACUUCGUGAACAUGGUGUCCAACUGCAGGGUCAACCUGCAGAGCAUCCAGCUCUUACGCGUGAGAACCGUGUCCGGCAUCACGUAUCACUGUCGCUCAGGGAAAUCCUUCAAAGGUCAGAUGAUGGACCGCUUCCUGUUGACAGACUGCAGGGCCGUGCUGAGCGGGAACUACAGCUUCAUGUGGUCUUUUGAGAAGCUCCACCGCUGCAUGGCUCACCUGUUCCUUGGACAGCUCGUGUCUACCUUUGAUGAGGAGUUUCGGAUUCUGUACGCUCAGUCCCAUCCGCUGAUGAUUGAAGAUUUCAGCCCGAUGGAAGGGUUAAGCCUUUCGAAGAAGAGGCAAUAUCCAAGUGAUAGGACACUAUAUAGUGAGCCGAAGAAAUUUCCGUCAAUGGACCCUCUUCAUCCAGAGGAAUGGCCGAGACGCUCCCCUGAUGAGCGCAUGGACUGGAGGAUGAUGCCCUCUAGAAAGGAGGCCAUGCCCGGCCCGACAGACGUGUACGGGAGAUUUAUAUCCCAGCAACCUCGCAUGGAUCCGUCUUUUGAUCCGGGCCCCUCCAAGAUGCCCAUGAUGGAAAACCUCGGCUUCAAACGCCACGGUUAUGUCGAAGUCGCUCCUGGUAGACACUCUUAUCCAUUCUUGCAGCAGGGAAUGCCAGAGCCGGAGAACCAGGGAAGGCCGCCCCACAGGGGGCUGCAGCCGGGACCGGGACCAGGCAUAGAAGCAGAUUACAGCGGCUCUAACAAGUUCUGGAACCAAGACUUUUAUUCGUCAGUUCAGGACUCUGAACCUGGUUUACCACAAGAAAUGGAACCACUUGAUAAUUUUGACCCUGUGCUUAACUAUUUAUCAUCUACCACAAAUGCAGACUUUGACCAGGGCUCCGAUAAAUUACUCCUUGCAUCAGAUUUAUCGUUUGGGUCAUCUCACACUCGAAGAUUGAACGUCGGCCAGCCGCAUGCUUGUCAAACAUCUCCCAGCCCCUCAAAUGCAAGUGAGCAGGACCCGAAUGUGGAGCGCAGGGAUCUGCAGGUGAAACAGGGGCUAAGGAACUGGAGGAUUAGUUCAUACCUCAGUGCAUAUGAUAAUCCAGCAGAGGAAGGCUUGCCGUCAGAACCACUUGAUGGACCAGAUGCUUUUGAAGAGCCCUCUAACCCCAUACAGCAAACACCAGGCAUAAAUAUAUAUGUUCCUAAAAUCCCCAAUGUGAGAGAGUUUAGGGUUCCUGCGAUCCCUAGGGCAAGUCAAAUGCCAAGUUAUGCCAAAACCAGUGUACAAGAACAGCCGAGUCAAUUACCUGAUGAGCCUAUUGCACUACAAACUACACCCACACCUUCAGAAUCAUCAUCAUCGACUACCGACAUGGAAAAGAUGGAGGAGGGAGAGCUAAAGGAACCCAAAACGUCUGCGCUUCGAAGGGAGGAGUCGUUCCGUAGGAAAUACAACGUAGUUGUCCCAAGGAGCUCGAGGUUAAGAUCCUCGAUGAUAUUCAGCUCACUGGACCAGCAGCAUUCUUUUCAAGAUACCAAGACUGCUCUCGACCAACCCGACGAGGACGCUGACAAAACUGAGGCUGAGCAGAUAAAAGCACCUUUUGCUUUGGGACAACGGAGGCUGACAGCCAGGGAACCGAUUGAAUGGAGCCGCUUCAUGAAGUCAUCCACUUUGGAUGGGAACAGUAAACACGGCGAUAAAGAUUCCCCAAAGGACGACAAGUCAAAGGAUCCUUCAGAGGCACAAGAACCACUGAAGCCAGCAGCUGAAGAGCCAUGCAUACCCCAAUCCAAGCCCAGGACUUUUCAGUCAGAACAGCCACCCGGAUAUUUGCUCAGCACCCCAUUAUACAUGGAUAUGAGUGAUCCUGAUAACAGGCUCAUGUUCUUCAAAGAGUUGGCAGCGAAACGUAAAGCCAGCAUGGCGGCAGGAGCUGAGAAGAGCAACGAGAAAGCUCCGAUGAAACCACCAACUGAACUCAAAGACAACACUGCUGUUAAAAAUGUUGAUCCUAUACCAAAAGACAGCUCUGAAAAGAUUGCUGACAGUUCAAUAGCAGAGAGGUUAUUAGAUAAGAAUGUUCCUGCAGAGGAUUCAGGGGAAACGGUACCCACAGUCAGUCCAUCUGUAGAUGCCUGUGAUAACAAGCAGAGCAGUCAGGUCAAGACUGGUUCCAAUACCCCACAACGCUGUCAUCAAGAACAAACAAGAGUUUCAGCUCAUUCAGAGGAGAUAGAGCUGAAGAACCAAUCAGCAGCAACUUUGCCUGUUUCUGCACAAACAGAAGCAACUCAGAGCAAACAGCCAGAGGAGCCAGGCCUGGCAACUGCUGCUGUGAGAGAGAGUAGCUCCAGUCCUCCACCUGCACCACCACAGAUACACAGCACACCUCCACAUGCGACUCCUCCCAGUGCUUCUGUUGCACAAGGUCCCGAUGGAAGUGAAACCAGUGCUGCUUCUGUUGCACAAGGUACUGAUGGAAGUGAAACGCCGUGCCUGGUUUCAGACUCAAAGAAGGGUGGUUCACUCACUCCCAGUUCAGUGGAGGAACCAGCGCUGUCUGGAUGUGCACAUACUGAUUCAGUUCAGUUAGAAACCAGCAUUUCCUUUCCUCCUCCUCCUCCUCUGCUACCUGAACAAGACAAUGGAUCAGAACCCAGCUCUUCUGACCCAGCAGGCCCAGACUGCUCCACUCAUAACAUUGUGCCAGGAUCUGGUUCACGGAUCGAUCCGAGUCCUUCAGCCUCUAGCUGUGCUCUUCGGUCCUCUCCAGCAGAGACCGUCUCCUCUCAUGUUACCACAGAAGGUUCAAGCUCAACACCACCCUCCAGCACACUGUCCCUACAUGCACAGGACUCUGCCAGCCCCUCAGCAUCAGAACCCUCCCAAUUGACAUCAUCUGAGAACCUUUCGGCAGCUGACCCUCCACACCUGGGAUCUGAUGUUUCUCCUGCCGCUGGUUUAGAGGCCAACACAUCCUCAUCACAGUCCAGGAAAGAGACCGACUCUGAACCAUCUGGUAGUCCUACGCCUUCAAAACAAGAUGUUCCUGAGUCAGAAGACGUCUCUGCUCCAAAGGGUGUUGGAGAGAUGUCUCCGGAUCUAGGACCAUCAAAGAAUGUGAAAGCUGGGAGCACACCUCCUCGCCUCAGCCCGUCACUGCCUGAAUCAUCUUUACAGAAUGUGUCUGAGCUGGAGAGUAAAUCUAUACCUGCUCCAAAUGACACUAUUACUUCUCCCCCCUCCACAGCAGACACUCCACCCAAGCUUAGUUCAGGAACAACAAGCUCUCCUGCCCUCCCAGUUACUCCUCCUGCUCCCCAGUCAGAGAAACCAGCGACCCCUCCCUCCGAACCUGAACCGACAGUCUCUCCCACUCCUGUUGAAACAGUGUCAUGUUCUCCUCCUCUGGUGGAGACAGUUGGAGCCGUUUUGUCCGCUGAGGCUGAGACAAUAUUGACUGCGUUGCACAGCCCCUCAGACACGGCAUGUGUCCUGAAGCAGGUUGCAACAGACUCAACGGAAGCUUCAAAGCUUCCAGCAACAGAAACGUUGAGUCCAACUGAGCCGACCUCAAAAGUCCCAACAGAACCCGCCCUGCCCGGCAAAACACCUGAAUGUGUGACUCCUGAACCCCCCCCUGCAGACCCACCUGUAUCUGCUGAACACGUUAACAUGGACAGGCAGAGGGAAGUGAACAAAGAGCCUGAGAGGCCGGACCCUGGUGAGAUAGAAACGGGUGAUACAGAGGCCGCCAAAGAGGUCAAUAAAACCACGGCACAGGAGUCCGUCUGCAAUGACAAGACAAAUGAACACGAAGGGAAGAAACCUCCAGAGGUCCCGUCAGGUGACGUAGUUCCUGCAGCGCCACAGUCCAAGCAGCCAAAGUCGAGUCAGUCUCGCUACGAAUCCUCCACGGCCAACGUGCUCUCCAGCAGCAACCUGCGAGACGACACCAAGCUGCUCCUGGGCCAGAUCUCGGCCAACAGCCAGAGCCGGAUCGAAGCUGCUAAAGAGUCUCCGGUCACCGACGACGAGAAGGAAGACGAAGCAGACAAGAACGCCAAGAGGGAGAAAGAAAGAGGCAUCCGGUCACUGAACAGAGGGACGACGCCCAAGACCAGCCAGGAGCGGGAGAAGCUCCUGGAGAAGAUCCAGACCAUGAGGAAGGACCGGAAGGUUUACAGCCGAUUCGAGAUGGCUCCUUAGAUCCAAACACAUUGCAAAGUCAAGUGGAUCCUGAAGGAUGACCAAGACCAUUUCUCACCAAAGACAUUGAACAUAAAUGGAUUUAUCUGCUUGUUCUGAAGCAGGGGGCGUACCGGUGGCACUGAGACCACCGGCAACACAAGCCUGACGCCAUGAUGCCAUGAUGUCAUGACGUCAUGGAGUCAUGAUGUCAUGAUACCAUGAAGUCAUGACGCCAUGAUGCUAUGAUGUCUUGAUGUCAUGAAGUCAUGAUACCAUGAAGUCAUGAUGCUAUGAUGUCUUGAUAUCAUGAUACCAUGAUGUCAUGGUAUCAUGAUGCUAUGAUGUCAUGACAUCAUGGUAUCAUGAAGUCAUGAUGUCAUGAUGUCAUGUGCCUCGACCAUCAUUGGGCUUCUCCCCGGGGGUGUCACUGAGUCUCCGUGGUGUCAGUGUGAGGAUGACAUAUUUCUGAGCUCACGGUGCCAUGUUUGACGGGUUGUGCUGAACGUGCCUUUUCCACAGCGAUGACAGCAUUAUGUUAAUGUUCUGUUUUUAAGACCCAGUGUGAUGUCAGAGUGUAACAGAUCAUCUAGUAGUCUAAGUUUGUGUAACUGUAAUAUACUGUUUGUUUAUACUGUCGAGCGUCACCGCCACGUCAAACACAUCUCUUAAUCACACGUGCAGGUGAAUCUAUUUACAUUAUUAUGCAUGGUGUUGUUCUCGUGGACUAAACUGUCUCUGUCAUCUAAAUCAAAUGUGUAAUUGAAAAAAAAAUGAACAAACCUGAA